CCCCCAUAAAAACGCACAACACAACACACAGUAAAAACGAAGAGAAGAAAGAGCACCAUUUAAGACCAGCGUGUUUCACAAGCGAUUUUCUCUCAGAUCUUAGUUUUUUCACACACUGAUUUCCUCCUUAUCACGUUCCUCUCAGAUCUGAAAUUCGCAUCCGUACUACUACUAUUACUGCACACACACACACAUUGCGGUAGAACAAUCCUUCUCACAAUCGUCUCCCAAAUUUUAACCAAUUUUACGUAUUUAACCCGAUCGCAGAUCUGGUGAACACCUCACAAUGAGCUAAAUUCGUAUCUGAACGCGUUAACGUAUUGAUCAAAUACGCAAUUCUACAUAUAUAAACUGCGAAUAUUGUGAUUGUUGUACAAAAUAUAUAUAGGCGUAGAGGUUGUCGGCAUUGGCUUAUAUAGUGUGCAGUGUAAUAUCUGUUGCUAUGGCGAUGCAAUCGGGGGCUAUGGUGGUGCCUGAUAAAAUCCCGGUGCAAUGGUACAACCACCAGCAACAGCCGCCGCAUUAUCAGGUGGAUGAGAGGGAGGGGUGUUUGAUGUGGCUGAGAGGUGAAUUUGCAGCUGCCAACGCGAUAAUCGACGCGCUGUGCCACCAUUUGAUGGCGGUGGGUGAGCCUGGGGAAUAUGAGGGUGUGAUAGGGUCCGUUCAGCAGAGGAGGUGUAAUUGGAAUCCAAUUUUGCAUAUGCAGCAGUACUACUCGGUGGCGGAUGUUGUUUAUGCGCUGCAGCAGGUUGGUUGGAGGAGGUCGCAGAAGGUGGUGGGGUUUGAGGGGGGUGCGCCUGCGAGGAUGGGUGGUGGAGGAGGAGGAGGGAAUGAGUUUAGGAGAGGAGGAGGCAGGGGACAGAGAGGGGGACUUGAGGUGCAGAAUUUUGGUGGAGAGAUGAACAAGAAGGAUCUCAACAAUGGCUACUGUAAAAGCAAUCUGAAAAUGAUUGAGAAACUGGAUGAAGGGGACAAGGCAAAGGUGGAGAAGGAGGAGGAUUCAGAAGUGACGGGACUCGAUGAAAAAUCUGAAGAAAAUGGUACAGCAACAACACAGAGAAGUACACAAGAAGCUGUUGCUCAUGCAGAUGCUGAGGCGGAGGACAGGGGGUCUUGCAAUAUGGAUGGAUCUGGAUUAGUCGAGAAAUCGAACCUUGAAGUUUCUCCAAAAUCUUUUGUUGCUUCUGAGAUAUGUGAUGGAAUAUCAGUUAAUAUAGCUGAAGGACUUAAGCUCUAUGAAGAUUUAUUUGAUGAUUCAGAAAUUUUAAAGCUAAAUAAUCUGGUAAACGAUUUGAGAGCUGCUGGGAAGCGAGGGCAGCUGCAAGGUCAAACUUUUGUUGCUUUAAAGAGACCCAUGAAGGGACAUGGAAGAGAGAUGAUUCAAUUGGGUGUCCCCAUUGCAGACGCACCUCCUGAAGACGAAGUUGCUUCAGGAACUUCUAGAGAUCCAAAAAUUGAGCCCAUCCCGGUGGCGCUGCAAGAUGUUGUUGAACGGUUACUUAAUAAAAAUGUUGUUAGCACCAAACCGGACUCAGCCAUCAUUGAUAUCUUUAAUGAGGGUGAUCACUCUCAGCCUAAUAUCUGGCCACAAUGGUUUGGAAGGCCUGUGUGUGUAAUAUCCUUGACAGUGUGUGAGAUGUCCUUCGGUAAGGCAAUGCCAGUGGAUAAUCCAGGAAGCUAUCGCUGUGCUUUGAAACUCUCUCUUUCACCAGGAUCAACUAUCGUAAUGCAAGGGAGAUCUGCAGAUGUUGCCAGGCAUGCGAUACCGUCCCUGCAGAGACAGCGAAUGCUUGUUACAUUGGUGAAGUCGCAAUCUAAGAAAACCAUUGGCGGUGAUGCUCACCGUAUUCUACCUCCUACCACCCCUUGGGUUCCACCCCCUAGUAGGCCACCAAGUCAUAUUCGCCCCGGUGCUGCAAAAUAUUUUGGCCCUGUACCACCCACUGGUGUAUCACCUGCUCAUCAGCAGCUACCCCCACCUAAUGGAAUCCAGGUCCAACCAAUGUUUGUAUCUGCCCCUGUAGCACCAGGCAUAGCGUAUCCGGCACCAGUUGCUCUCCCUCCUACAUCUGCUGGAUGGCCUGCAGCUCCUCCACGGCAUCCUAAGCCUCGCCUGCCAGUCCCCGGCACAGGAGUUUUCCUUCCAUCACAGGGCUCCAGUAAACCAUCAAAUCAGACCGCAGCAACUGAAAACAAUAGCAUGGAGACUUUAGGCAGUGCAGAGGAGAACAGUGCAGGGAAAUCAAAUGGUUCUCUCUCCUCCCCAAAAGUUGACGGUGAAGCCACAAAACAGGAGUACAGUGGCAGCAGUGACAAAUCGAAGGAUGACGAGCAGGAAUGCUCAGGUGGGGCAGUUUAGUUAGAAAAGCAAAGAGAAGGUUGGAGGUCUCAUUCAUGUACUGGCAAAGGAGUUGAUAGUUGAAUGAAAAUGUAAAGAACGGAAAAUACUAGGAUAUUUUUGGUGAUGAGACUUUUAGUGAUGGGUGGAAGGAGCUUAUUCAUUUUUGAGCUCCCUUCAUUCUCUCCUACUUUUUUGGCAAUGUAUACUUGGACAUUACAUGGAACAUUUCUCGACCAUUGAAUUAAGCCUCUAUUUUCUGGCUUA